AUAUUGGAAAUACCUAUCAGAUCACCACUCGAACUCGAUGUACCAAACCGAUGUCACAAUCAAGGACCGUUACAGUACGCUGCAUAGCAAAGAAACUUUUGGGCUGAUACUACUUCCUGGCUCACGAUAAAGUUUGCUUGGGGCUCUAAUGCAUACCAAAAGCUAAUUGGAGGACAAGCGCAUCAUCCAUCAUCCUGAUCAGAAAGACUCUGAAUUUUAAUCGUUGAGAAGCUGACUCUUCCAUCCUCCGCUCCAAGUCCACUAACUUUUAAGUGAUCAUAGUACAUGCCUACACAGACAGUCACAAUGUCAAAGUUGCAUCAGUAUUAUAACUGUGGUUUGUCUCCCUAAGUUAGAAUGCCCUGCAUCCUCAAAGCAAAUCAUCCAUUUUAGUAUGAGCAGCGUGCUUCGCAAUCUGAUAUCAUAUAUCUGUACAUACUUCCGUUUCAAAUGAAUUCAAGCAUCUAAUCUGUUGCAUGGCCAGGCCACCUGCAGCAUUGCCGUUGUCACUUCCCCAUUACUUGGGCCUAUACAUUUUGAUAUGGGUAGCAUGCAUAGAUGCCAGCAUCAUUUUGAAUAUCCCUGCUCCCAUAAGAGUCACCUGCAAUGUCAGGAGUGAAUUGCUUAUGGGGAAAGACUCAAGGUUAUCCGAACAGAAUAAAGAGAGCAUAACUCCUCUGGAACGGUCAUUUAGAUUUCUUGCCAUGGCUGACCCAGAGCAUUGACUGCUCCACCCACAUGCAGACACCACUCCUGAACCACUACAAAAUUCAGAAAUACCUUCCCCAUCUCCUCUCAUAUGCAACUUUUCUGAGAAUUAUUCACAUUCUUAGUCGCUCAAGUCAAUUUAGCCAAGCCGAAGCCUUUUUGCAGCGUGGAAACUGGAUAGAGAUUGCUUCUGACAACAGCAAUGCUAUUCUCUUCACAGCACUAUAUCUAGAAACUGGGUAAGAGUACCUUUGUGCUGAUUCUGUUUUUGUCAAAAGCAAAUCCCACUAAUAGAGACCUUGCUUUAUUCUGUCCCACUGUAUAAAUAUGUUCAUAUUCAGAAGGAAAUAAGAGUGCAAAUUGUACCUGUUUCCAACUUCCAUACAUCUGCUACACCAGUCUACCUUCACCUCACACCUCAUCUCCAUGGCCGGAGGAAGCCUCAUCCAGGCUGCACUUGGUGCCCCAGGGGUCAAGGGGAAGAAGGUAUCAAGCCUCAAAAGAGCGUCAAAGGAAGGUGUAACCAGCUUCAUUCAGUCCAUCAUCACCAAGAAGCAUGAGGUGAAAGACCCCUUUUAUAUCUUGGACCUUGGUGUGGUCGUAGAUCUCUUCAAGAAAUGGAGCCAUCAUCUGGAGAAGGUCCAACCCUUCUAUGCAGUCAAGUGCAACCCGGAGCCUGCCUUCCUUGGAGCAAUGGCGGCCCUCGGCUCUGGCUUUGACUGUGCUAGCCGUGGGGAGAUCGAGUCGGUCCUAGCCCUUGGUGUCUCUCCAGACCGCAUCAUCUAUGCUAACCCAUGCAAGGCUGAGUCUCCCAUCAAGUAUGCUGCCAAUGUUGGUGUCAACCUGACAACCUUUGAUGCCAGGGAAGAAAUCGACAAACUUCGCAGGUGGCAUCCAAAAUGCGAGCUCUUAAUCAGGCCCAAGGCUCCAGAUGAUGGUGAGGCCCGAUGUCCCUUGGGACCCAAGUAUGGUGCACUUCCGGAGGAGGUUUUUCCUUUGCUUCAGGCUGCAAAUGAUGCACAGCUUGCAGUUGUUGGUGUCUCAUUCCAUGUAGGGAGUGCGGUGAUGCGAUCACAGGUUUUCAGUGGAGCGAUUGCAGCAGCUAAAGCCGUGUUCAACGCAGCAGAGCAGCUCGGGAUGCCCCAUUUGCAGAUCCUUAACAUUGGUGGUGGGUUCACAGCUGGUGCACAGUUUGAUGAAGCUUCAGGCGUCGUCAACUCAACGCUCCUUCAAUACUUUGCCAAUGAGCCCAGCCUGAAGGUAAUAGCCGAACCAGGAAGGUUCUUUGCUGAGACUGCAUUCACACUUGCCACCAACAUCAUAGGGAAGAGGGUGCGUGAGGAGCUGAGGGAGUACUGGAUCAAUGAUGGGAUAUAUGGUUCCAUGAAUUGCAUCGUGUACGACCAUGCAAGUGUGAUGGCACUGCCAUUGGCUUGCUCCUCAGACAGUGAUAACCCAACAUGCCAAGGGAAGCAAAGGUACCCGUCUACAGUGUUUGGCCCCACGUGUGACGCACUUGACACAGUCCUCACCGGGCACCAGCUUCCAGAACUACACGUCAAUGACUGGCUUGUGUUUCCCAACAUGGGGGCAUACACAGCAUCUGCUGGGUCCAACUUCAACGGGUUCACCACCUCUGCCAUAUUCACCCACCUAGCUUACACCAACCCAUUCCAACAUGAAUGAAGAGAUCCUUUUUGUGAAACCAUCUGUUUGCAACCCAAGCUUGAGCGGAUGAAGUGAACCUUUCGUAACCCUCUUCUCAUCUUUCCUUCACUCGCAACGGAACAG